AUGUCUGAGAGCCUGCGUGUCGUCCUCGCCGAGAGGCCCAAGGCCGACAUCAUCCCCGGCCAGACCUUCAAGACCGAGAAGCAGCCCAUCCCCCGCGAGCAGGACCUCAAGGAUGGCGAGGUCCUCGUCGAGAACCUCUACCUCAGUCUUGACCCCGCCAUGCGUGGCUGGUUGAACGACAAGCGUUCCUACCUGCCCCCUGUUCAGAUUGGCGAGACGAUGCGUGGAGCCGCCGUCUCUCGCAUUCUCGCCUCCAAGUCUGACAAGGCCGCCGCUGGCGAUAUCAUCCCGACCUACGCUGGCUGGGCCGAGCACGCCAUUCUGCCGCCGGCCGCCAUCCAGCCCGCCGCUGCCUACCCGCCCAUCUCCCACCCCACCGACUAUCUCUCUGUCCUUGGCACCACCGGCCUGACGGCCUACUUUGGCAUGCUCCGCAUUGGUGAGCCCAAGGCCGGCGAGACCGUUGUCGUCUCUGGUGCGGCCGGCGCUACCGGCAGCGUGGCCGGUCAGCUGGCCAAGAUUCGCGGCGCCCGCGUCAUUGGCAUUGCCGGCUCCGACGACAAGUGCAAGUGGUUGACCGACGACCUCGGCUUCGACGUUGCCAUCAACUACAAGGACCCUGAUUUCCGCAAGAAGUUCAAGGAGGCCACCCCCAACUUUGUCGACGUCUACUUUGACAAUGUUGGCGGUGCCAUCCUGGAGGCUGCCCUCGACCGCGCCAAGGAGCACGCCCGCUUCGUCAUCUGCGGCGCCAUCAGCCAGUACAACACGGCUACGCCAGCUGGCCCCAGGAACUACACGCAGAUCAUCACCAUGCGCAUCAAGAUGCAGGGCUUCAUCGUCCUCGACUUCGCCAAGGAGUUCCCCCAGGCGCGCAAGGAGCUCGCUCAGUGGCUUGACGAGGGCAAGAUCAAGCGCAAGGACACGAUCGUGCAGGGUGGCCUCAAGGUCGCCGAGCAGGCUCUCGUGGACCUCUACAACGGUAUUAACACGGGCAAGAUGAUUGUCGAGAUCAAGAACCCGGCGCAGGCCAAGCUCUGA